CUGAUUCAAGUCCAACGAAAACCAAUUUUAAAAACAAAAGUAGCAAUCAAAAACUCAAUAAAGACAGAUCCUUCUCAGCUAACUUCAUUUUAUCUCUCAUUCUCAACUCACCUCACCCUUAUAAACUCAUUCAUCGCUCAUCUUAAAAGGACACAAUAAGAAUAUGGGUGGGAUGUGUAUGUCUUCGUGUUGUGGUGGUGGUGACGAUGAUGGUUCCAGUCUAUUAACACACCUCGUCAUAAUUGUUGUUAUCUGUCUCUCUGUCAUGGCUGUCUGCACUUCCAACGAACGCCGUACAGCCGUUCGUGUCGUCCGGUGCCGUUGACCAACGUUUGAUCGGUACAACAAAGUCAUGCAUCUAUAUAUAUCAUCAUGAUCACAUCUCUACAAAUAUAUCUCUUUCGGAUUCUCUUUGUAUUUGUAUGUGUCGGUUCUUGAUUAGUGAUGAAUUAAACGUUGUACUGUAUUUGGUUUUUGACUUUUUGUCUUUUCCUUUUUUACUAAAUAUAUGGAUCAGAAUGAUCAAUCACAUAAUAUCCUCCGAAAUUUUUCAACAUGUAAGAAAGUUUCGGGGUGAAAAAGAAAUAACGUAAAAUAUAUGGGGCUGA